UGAACUUGUUUUUAACAUCUUCCGCCUUUGAGAAAUGAAUCGAAAAAUGAAAAAAUCACAUCAGCUGUUGUUUGUCCACAACAUCUUGUUCUUCCUUUUCCUCUGUGGAUCAAUCUGCACUUCACACACUAAUACGAUUCGGGCGAAAAGUCAUAUUUCCAACGAUGAGAAUUUCACGGAGAUAAUAGAAGAAUGCAAAAGAGCAGCAGCAGCUGACCCAAACGACGAGGAACUAGGCGGUUUUUUAGUGGAAAUAUUAAAAAGCUUCGGAACUGAAUUGGUAGAUUACGUGGAAUAUGGCGACGACGAACACGCCCAAACUAUUCUAAGAGAAAUAAAAAAUACAUGGGAAUGUAUAGCCAUAAACGAGAAAUCGUUGGCGAAUUCUGGCGAGACGCCUGAAUCUCUGAAAAAGUACAUGGCUGGAAUUCUGUUCCUCGCCAAGGAUAGGCAUUGCGAGUCACCAGACGAGACAUUUUUCAAUGGCCAAUGUCUUCCCAUCAGUACAACAAAAAGGAGCGAACAUUGUCCGGAGCACAUGGGACUCUAUGACGAUGAAAAAAACGAAGGAUUUUGUUACUGUCUCGAACUGACGAGGGAAAAAGCGAAAUCAGAACUACGGCCAAUAUAUUCAGAUGAGACUGGCGUAUGUCAUCGGCAAAAUACUCAGGGUCCCUGUGGAAAUGGAGAAUGGUUCGUACUGAAGAACACUCCGCAGUGCGAACCCGUCCCGGAAGGAUGCCCCACUGACGGUCUGCACGUCUACUGGCAUCCCGACCCUUCCAAGGCCAAACAAUGCUGGGAGAUAUGGACUCAGGGACCAUGCGAAGAAGGGCAAAUAUUACAUUUGGCACAAGACACGCAAGAAUUACAGGUUUACUGUAGCUCCCGAUUAGCCGAGAGCACGGGUGGAGGUUCAAUAGCGUAUAAUAUUCCCAAAUGCCCGCCACUUAGUUAUCCUAACAGUUUUGGCCAAUGUGUUAAAGGACAGAUAGGCUGAAACGGCGGACUUUCUGGUUAAAUAAAAUGAAUUAAUGGAA